AAUAGGGAUCCCAGAAGUGUUUCGGACGCGGUCGUGUUCGUUUAUGUCGUGCCGUAUGCUUUUUUUCCCCGUAGCCGCGCGAGCACGCCGUGCACCCUGGGACCCGGUUGGUGACGUAUCCGCUGGUGAGGCGCGUCGCGUACGAUGCGUCCGAUCGAGUGACGGCGCGCGGUCAAUACACUAAUACCGAACAAGUGUGCGCGUCGCGCCGGUGAGUGUCCGUCCUCUCGUCCGUUCGUCCGCGUUCGUCCGUUCGUCCGUUCGUUUCUCUCCCCGAGUGUGUGCGCGCCCGUGCUUCCUCCCGAUGAGUGUGUGUCUACCCGACGUGUGUGGAUAAAAAAAAUAAUAAUUUUCACGACACGAUGUCGCUGCCACGGCUAAGAUUGGAUUACGCGCUCACGGUCGGACCGUUGUUGCUCGCGUUGCUGGCGUUCACCAGCGUGCCCGCGGUAUCCGGUUUCGUGUCGUGUUCGCCGAGCCCUUGCAAGAACGGAGGCCUCUGCAUCUCAUCACCGCGCGGCGAGUCACAUUGCAACUGCACGUCGAAAUACGUGGGAGAAUACUGUCAACAUCUGAAUCCCUGUUAUACGGGAUCGCGCUGCCAAAACGGCGGCUCGUGCAGAGUGCGCGAGGGAAUCGGGGGCGGCACACCAUCCUUCACGUGUGCAUGUCCUGUCGGCUUUACUGCCAGCCUCUGCGAAAUCCCUAUCGACAACGCUUGCGACUCCUCGCCCUGCCUCAACAGUGCCACAUGUAAUCUCAAGUCGUUACACGAGUACGUGUGCACGUGCAGCAUUGGAUACACAGGUGACCAUUGCGAGCGACAAGAUUACUGCGCCUCGUCGCCCUGUCGAAACGGGGCCGAGUGUCGCUCGCUCGAGGACAGCUACAAGUGCACGUGUGCACCUGGCUUCACCGGACCAAAUUGCGCGGACGACAUCGACGAGUGUGAGAGGGACCCGUGCAAGCACGGUACCUGCAAGAAUAUUCACGGAUCUUACAGAUGUAUGUGCUCGAGCGGAUACACCGGGCAGAACUGCGAGAACGACUACAUCCCCUGCGAUCCGUCACCGUGUGAAAACGGAGGCUCGUGCCAUCAGCUUGGCGAACAUGACUACGAGUGCAUCUGCCCCGAAGGAUUCCGAGGCGAUCAUUGCGAGGAGAAUAUCGAUGAUUGCCCGGGCAAUCUCUGUCAAAAUGGUGCCACCUGCAUGGACCGAGUGAACGAGUAUUCCUGUUUGUGUCCACCGGCCUUCACGGGCACGCAAUGUGAACUGGACGUGGACGAGUGCUCGGUACGGCCGUCCUUGUGCCACAACGGGGCGACGUGCACGAAUUCGCAUGGCAGUUACUCGUGUAUAUGCGUGAAUGGCUGGACCGGGCCCGAUUGCAGCGUCAACAUCGACGAUUGUGCAGGCGCAGCUUGCUUCAACGGCGCAACUUGCAUCGAUCGCGUCGGCAGCUUCUAUUGCCAGUGCACAUACGGAAAGACUGGGCUGCUUUGUCAUCUUGAUGAUGCCUGUACGUCGAAUCCGUGUCAUGAGGGCGCGAUCUGUGACACCAGCCCUAUCAACGGGUCCUUCACCUGCUCCUGUGCCACCGGAUACAAAGGACUGGACUGCUCCGAGGACAUUGACGAGUGCACACAAGGCUCCCCUUGCGAGCACGAUGGAAUUUGCGUGAACACGCCCGGAUCUUUCGCGUGCAAUUGCACGCAAGGAUUCACGGGUCCACGAUGCGAGACGAAUGUGAAUGAGUGCGAGUCGCAUCCAUGUCAGAACGACGGUUCCUGCCUGGACGAUCCUGGGACAUUUCGAUGCGUCUGCAUGCCUGGCUUCACUGGAACUCAAUGCGAAAUUGACAUAGACGAGUGCGCGCUGAGGCCGUGCAUGAACGGUGGCACCUGCAGCGAUCUUAUCAACGCCUUCAAAUGUACCUGUGCCGAGGGUUUCACCGGCACCCACUGCCAGAUCAACAUCGACGACUGCAUCUCGUCACCGUGCAAGAACGGUGGCACUUGCCAAGACGGAAUUGCAAGGUACACAUGCGAAUGCCCGGCCGGCUUUACCGGCGACUCCUGUGAGACCAACAUCAACGACUGCGCCUCGAAUCCGUGUCGUAGCGGUACCUGCAUCGACGGCGAGAACAGCUUCACUUGCAAUUGCUCCCCCGGCUUCACCGGCAAGCUGUGCCAGACGCAGAUCGACGAGUGCGAGAGCAAUCCGUGCCAAUUUGGUGGUAGAUGCGAGGACCGUAUCGAUGGUUACAUAUGCAUCUGCCGACCAGGAACGUCUGGCGAGAAUUGCGAAGUCAACGUCAACGAGUGCUACAGCAACCCCUGCCGAAAUGGAGCUAGAUGCAUCGACGGUAUCAAUAGGUAUUCCUGCGAAUGCGAACCAGGCUUCACCGGUCAGCAUUGCGAGACCGAUAUAAAUGAGUGCGCGAGCAACCCGUGUGCAAACGGUGGCCGUUGCAUCGACGUGAUAAACGGCUUUAAAUGCGAAUGUCCGCGCGGCUACUACGACGCCAGAUGUCUGAGCGACGUGGACGAGUGCGCGAGCUCGCCCUGCCUGAACGGUGGCACUUGCGAGGACGGGGUGAACCAGUUUAUCUGCCACUGCCUGCCCGGUUACGGCGGCAAGAGGUGCGAGGCGGAUAUCGACGAGUGCGGCUCGAACCCCUGCCAGCACGGUGGCACGUGCAACGACCAUCUGAACGGUUACAGCUGCAAGUGCCUGCCCGGCUAUACCGGCACCAAUUGCGAGACCAACAUCGACGAUUGCGCCAACAAUCCCUGCCAGAACGGUGGAUCCUGCAUCGACCUCGUCAAUGAUUACAAAUGCGUUUGCGAGCUGCCCCACACCGGCAGGAAUUGCGAGGACAAGCUGGACCCCUGCUCACCGAACAAAUGUCUUCACGGGGCAAAAUGCUCACCAUCGUCAAACUUCCUUGACUUUGCGUGCACAUGUACGGUCGGUUACACGGGCAGGCUGUGCGACGAGGACGUGGACGAGUGCGUGAUGACAUCGCCGUGCAGAAACGGUGCCACUUGCCGGAACACAAACGGCUCUUACCACUGCGUGUGCGCGAAGGGCUACGAGGGCCGUGAUUGCAUCAUCAAUACCGAUGACUGUGCAUCAUUUCCCUGUCAAAAUGGCGGCACCUGUCUGGACGGCAUCGGUGAUUACACGUGUCUCUGCGUCGAUGGUUUUAGUGGUAAACACUGUGAGAUCGACAUCGACGAAUGUCUAUCGCAGCCCUGUCAAAACGGUGCAAUUUGCAAGGAAUAUGUCAACUCCUACACAUGCCAAUGUCAACUUGGUUUCUCCGGUAUUAAUUGUCAGACCAACGACGAAGACUGUACCGACAGUAGUUGCAUGAAUGACGGCACGUGUAUCGACGGUAUCAACAAUUACACAUGCGUCUGCAAGACCGGCUACACAGGCUCGAACUGUCAGUAUCGUAUCAACGAAUGUGACAGCUCACCCUGCCAGAACGGUGCUACUUGUCAUGAUCAUGUGCAAUACUACACGUGUCACUGUCCGUACGGUUACACGGGUAAGCAAUGUGACAAAUACGUGGACUGGUGCGCGGACAAUCCAUGCGAGAAUCAGGCAACGUGCGUGCAGCACAUGAACAAGUACCAUUGCAACUGCUCACCCGGGUGGACCGGCAAGGUAUGCGAUGUGGAGAUGGUCUCGUGCAAGGACGCCGCCAUACGGAAGGGUGUGCCGGAGAACAGUCUGUGCAACAAUGGCACCUGCGAAAACAUAGGCAAUAGUCAUCGUUGUCACUGUCUCGACGGUUACACCGGCUCUUACUGUCAGGAGGAGAUAGACGAGUGCGAUUCGGCACCAUGUCAGAACGGCGCAACUUGCAAAGACCUUAUCGGCUCAUAUCAAUGCCAGUGCACCAAGGGCUUCCAAGGUCAAAAUUGCGAACUCAACAUCGACGACUGCCGACCGAAUCCCUGCCAGAAUGGUGGUACCUGUCACGAUUUGAUCAACAAUUUUACAUGCUCCUGUCCACCCGGUACUCUUGGUUUCAUAUGCGAAGUCAACAUCGACGACUGUAUGAUGACCGCUUGCCACAAUAACGGCACCUGCACCGAUAAAGUGGGUGGUUUCGAAUGUAAGUGUCCGCCUGGUUUUGUCGGACCAAGAUGCGAGGGCGAUAUUAAUGAGUGUUUGUCGAAUCCAUGUGCCGCGCCCGGUACUCAGGACUGCGUACAACUGGUCAACAACUAUCACUGCAACUGCAAACCCGGCUAUAUGGGCCGCCACUGUGAGAUCAAGGUGAAUUUCUGUGAUAGCUCUCCAUGUCAGAACGGUGGUUUUUGCACAGCCAAGCCCGACAGGCACAUUUGCAUCUGUCCUGGUGAUUAUCAUGGUACCAAUUGCGAAUUCGCUGGUUCUUACUGCGACUCCGAACCGUGUCAGAACGGUGGCACGUGUCGCGUCAUUGGAAAUAGCUAUCAAUGCUACUGUCUGCCAGGUACAACCGGUAUUCAUUGUGAAUUUGAUGCUUGGAAUGAAUGCGAUAGGCACCCGUGUCAGCAAAACGCCCCUUGUAUAAACAAGAUUGGUGACUACUCUUGUGACUGUCCUCCCUCAUGGUCCGGCAAGAAUUGUGAUAUCUUCGACUCAAGCUUUCCUGGUGGAGUGUUCGGCAAUACGUCCAAAAGUUUGAAUGAUAUUAAUUGGGAACGCGAGCGUAAGAAGUGUAUCGAAAACGGCUGCUCGACUAAGAUUCGCAAUGAACGCUGCGACGAGGAGUGCAAUCGACCCGCGUGCGAAUUUGAUGGCAACGAUUGCUCACUGGGUAUUAAUCCGUGGCGCAAUUGCACCGCGCCCGAAUGCUGGAAGGUGUUCAUGAAUGGUGUGUGCGACGAAGACUGCAACAAUCCGCAAUGUCUUUUCGAUGGUAGAGACUGUGAUCGAAAACUUCCUCCUUGCAACCCAAUUUAUGACGCUUACUGCAAAAAGCAUUAUGCUAAUGGCCAUUGCGAUUACGGUUGCAACAAUGAAGAAUGUAAUUGGGAUGGUAUGGAUUGUGAGAAGGAGCCGCCAUCAUUAGUGGAAGGAGUCAUAUCCAUAGUCGUAAGAAUGGAGGUGGACACUUUUCGCGCAAACCUCGCAGCCUUUUUACGUGACAUCGGUCAUCAUCUAAGAACGACGCUUCGUAUUAAAACGGAUGAACUUGGCAACGAAAUGAUAUAUCCUUGGAAGCCUGAGAAAAAGAAGCAGCCUAAUAAUAUCUUUAGCCGACCACCAACGCCUUCCAAUAAGAGAGGCGUAAUUGCUUAUAUGCAGAUCGACAAUCGCAAAUGCACGGAAAGUUCGGCAUGUUUCUCAUCGGCGAACGAGGCGGCUGAGUAUUUGGCCGCUACGGCAUUGAAGCACACCAUAUCGCGAAACUUCCCUAUCGAACAAGUACGAAGUGUCCUGCGUACUCAGGGUGCCGACGAUUUAGAACCAACGAAUUAUAAGUACGUUUUCAUCGGUGUAGUCAUUGUGGUGCUCGGUGGGUUGCUUGUCGGCGUUCUAGUGACCGCACAGCGGAAGCGUGCCGUAGGGGUCACAUGGUUCCCUGAGGGCUUCUUAAGGACCAGCAGUGGCAGUGGUCAACGACGCCGAUCGCGUCGACGCGGUCCGGACGGCCAAGAGAUGCGUAAUUUGAAUAAGCAGCCAUCGGUGAACUGCAUGAGCAUGGAUGUUGUGAGCGCUCGAAUACAGUCCCAGUGGUCUGACGACGAAUCCGAUCUUCCUCCAUCAAAGAGGAUGCGUGCCAUCGAACCGGGUUACGCGAGCGAUCAUACCGUCAUCACAGACUAUGAGGAAACCGAACCGCGUACGUGGACACAACAGCAUCUGGACGCAGCCGAGAUACGACGACCGGACGCGGGUGGAGUGCUGACGCCGCCCAGUCUCGAGCAUGGCCAGGACGUAAAUGCGCGUGGUCCGUGUGGCAUGACACCGCUAAUGGUUUCGGCGGUGCGUGGCGGUGGACUCGACACUGGCGAGGAGGAGGAUGAAAGCGACGGCACUGCGGCAGUGAUCGCCGAUUUGGUUGCCCAAGGCGCGGAUCUGAACGCUACUACGGAUAAGAGCGGCGAGACAUCGCUGCAUCUUGCCGCGCGUUACGCUCGGGCUGACGCGGCCAAGAGAUUGCUGGACGCGGGUGCCGAUGCUAAUUCACAGGAUAACACCGGUCGUACGCCGCUGCACUCUGCCGUCGCAGCCGACGCUAUGGGAGUUUUCCAGAUACUACUGCGCAAUCGGGCGACAAAUUUGAACGCGCGAAUGCACGAUGGCACCACACCGCUGAUACUAGCGGCGCGUUUGGCCACCGAGGGAAUGGUGGAAGAUCUUAUUAACGCCGAUGCCGAUAUCAAUGCCGCCGAUAACAGCGGUAAAACCGCGCUGCACUGGGCUGCGGCAGUCAACAACGUCGAUGCUGUGAACAUAUUGUUGGUGCAUGGCGCGAACAGAGACGCUCAAGACGAUAAAGACGAAACCCCAUUAUUCUUAGCCGCCCGCGAGGGUAGCUUCGAAGCAUGCAAAGCGUUGCUUGACACAUUUGCCAACAGGGAGAUUACUGAUCAUAUGGAUCGAUUACCUCGCGAUGUUGCAAGUGAGAGACUGCAUCACGAUAUUGUCAGACUACUUGAUGAGCAUAUGCCGAGAUCGCCUCAGAUGGUUACAGUCAUUCCAAAUGGUCCUCUCAUGGGAUCUUCAAAUCAUCCACAAUUAAUCACUCAUCCCACAGUUAUCGGUUCAGCGCCGAAGCAAACCAAGUCAAAGAAGCGGCCAAAAGCAGGCACGGGAAACCCAAACAGUCCGGAAUCAGAGGGCGGCACGGUGGUGAUGGUAAGGCGAAAACCAUCGGUGAAGAAAGCACCGGCUAAACCACGCGGCGCUCAGCCCCCAAACCAAGAGAUCCCACAGGGAGCGGAAGGCGCCGAUGGCAAUCUACCGACUAGCCCGUACGAUAGCGCGAGUCUUUAUAGUAACGCGUUACCUCUGGUGGCUCACACUGCGACGGCGAAGCAGCCGCCACCGUACGAGGAUUGCAUCAAGAGUCAAUCGAUACAAGGCUUGCAACAACUCGGCCUGGAUACCUUCACGAGCAAUUAUGGGCUGCCAUUUCACGACCAACUCCUAGCGCCUCAUCAACGGCAGCAGCAAGGCAUGGUAAACACAUUAUCACCGCCGUACAGUAAUCAGUCGCCACCACAUUCGGUGCAGUCCAACAUGACCCUUUCCCCGCAAGCAAGCUACAUGGGCUCGCCGUCGCCGGCGAAAAACAGGCCAUCGUUGCCUACUUCGCCAACUCAUAUCGCUGCUAUGCGGCAAGCGACGCAUCAAAAACAUGGUAGCAUGCCACCAGUGGGUUUUGACUUCGAGAAUUUACCGUAUUCUUCAAGCCAACAGCAGCAGCAGCAACAACAGCAGCAGCAAAUGCAACAAACACAGCAGCAGAUUCAACAACAGCAGCAGCAACAACAGCAGCAACAGCAGCAGCAGCAGCAGCAACCGCAGCCACAGCAGAGCACGCAGCAGCAACAACAGCAGCAACAGCAACAACAGACGCAACAAUACUAUCAAUAUUUGACACCGCCGUCUCAUCAUUCUGGGCCCGAUGUUACGCCACAGCAUCUUAUGCAAGCACCCGAAAGUUUCCCCACGCCAUCGCCGGAUAGCCCUGGUCACUGGUCUUCGAGCUCGCCUCAUUCGAAUAGCGACUGGUCCGAUUGCAUGGCUUCGCCUACGAACGCUUACGGCGCUGGUGGUGGCGCUCACCAAAGCAACAAGGGAUCUGAGGCGAUCUACAUAUGAGGCGAUCUACAAUAGCAAUGGUACUCUCUUCCUCACACAAAUAAGUCGUGAAAAAAAAAGAAAGUAGAAAGUUAUAUGAACUGUGAUUAGCUCGUCGAAUUCGAGCGUUUAGACGUUGGAAAGGACAAAAAAAAACGUAACGUUGACAACGAAGAGCUCUUCCGUAAUAGAUCAGUGGCAAGAAGGUAUUUUUAUGUUUCUUUUGUUCAUUUGUGUAUAUGUGUGUGUGUGUCGGAAGAGCUAUUACGGCAAAAUGCAUUUUUGUCGGGAUUAUUGUAUAUUAAUAGGUAUCAGUGUUGGAAAUAAAUAAUUCGUGGAUAUAAAAGUUAUUUGCAGUUACACAUUUGUUAUAAUUCUUAUUCAUUAUUCAUUUAAAGAUAAUUUAAUUUUUUAAUUAUUAAUUAUGUUUAUUAACUAGGUUGUCCAAUAUGUUUUAUCCAACACUGAUGCAUAUAAAUAUAGACGAAGAAAUAUAUAUGUAUAUUGCAUACGUAAGCAGGAGAGUUUCAAUCAGAGAUGCUGUAAAACUAACGCCGAAUUGUGCACUAUUCAUGGUUCACAAUGAGAGAGAAAAGUAAUGUAUCUUUCAAAUAAAUUCUUAAGCAUUUUUUUUCUUGGUACAAAAUCCACAGUCGGAUUUUCAUGUGAAAUUCAUGGACACUGUGAAUGAGUACAAAUUCAUUAAGUUUGCACUUGUCAUUUAUCACACAUAACGAUUUGUUAGCGAAAUAAUUUUUUGAUAAAAUUAUAGAGCGCGAAUCAUCACGAAUUAUCAAUUCACGUUGAUUCGUGUAUAGAGCUAUAUAUAAAUUAUGAAUCACAGAUAUUUGAUAAAUUAUGAAUUACGAGUCGCGUGCAAUUUGACGAUAGCUUUGGACGUCCUCAAAUUACAAAACCGAUUGUGCCUCUCUAAUAUGACGUAAUGUUUAGAAAAGUUGCGACAAGAGAAUCGCGCAAUCUAUAAAAAUAAAGUUGAUAAAAUCCUUCCAAAUAAAUGUUUUAGCGGAAUUAUAUAAUGAAUUACACACAGAGAAAUCUUGACUAAUCAUGUAUUUAUAUAUGUAAUUGUACUUUGUAGUAUAUUUUUGAUAUAUAUCGAGUUUUAUUGCCGCGGCGUCAUACACAGCUCAAUGAAUAAACGGUGCCUUCGACUUGCCAAUGUGAAGACCUCUAAAGGACAAUAAUAAGUAAGGGAACGAUACCUUGCUAUUCUACAAUAAUUGUACAUACUGCAAUAGAUUUAUCAAUCGUGCUGCUGUGUCUGUUAUUCUACGGGGACAAUAUAUAGCAUGUAAUGCGCAACGCUCUACUUAAUUUAAUCGCAUGGACUCUUAUUUCUUUUUUUAUUGUAUCUUUUGAUUGACCUCUUUUGAACGUUGAACGGUGCGAUAAUUGCUAUUCUCUCUAAAUGCAGAUGUAAUACGAAUGGGAAAUAAGUCAUGAAUUGUGCCUUCGAGUUCCGUAGAGUAUAAGACACGCAAGUUCUAUAGGUGGAUCUAUUAUUAAAUUAUAUUGGAAAAAACGCAGCGUUUCCAAAUGGCCUCUAAAUAGAUUAAACGUUUAUUAUUAGUUAUAUAAUAUAAUUGAGAGAUGUCAGCUUAUACUGGCAACAUGUAAUGUAAUGUAAUGUAAUUAAAUGUAAUGUAAUGUAACGUAAUAUAAGGCGAAGAGACAACGUUUGUAAUCUGUACGGUUGACGGGAGUUUCAGAGAACUUCUUCUUUACAGCUCGCGGAGCAUCGUUCCAUACAUAAACAUUCCAUUGCGUAUGGCGCGCCAACAAUUUUUUCUUUCCCAUCUUCCUUCCCUGUCCUGCUUUCCCAACCUUCCUUCAACUUGCGUUAUUAAAUCCCUCGGAAAAUCAUUUACUAAACAAGCUAGCCUAAUCGUUAAUGUUAAUUUCUAGGUGUAUCAAUUGCCUUAAAUUAAGUACUCGGCGCGGAGCGGUAGGACAGUUCUCUGAUCUCUUUUCUGCCAAAGCCAAAACAGCAUUUUUAAUAUAAUUGUACGCUCACGGUGCAUACGAACGAGACGCGUAAUCAUGACGCAUUAUCAUAAAGAUUGUUGCAAGAUAGAAAUAAAGAUAGAUAGAAAAGAAAAGAAUGUGUGUGAACAUGAAUGUGUAAACAAGCGAGUGAGUGAAAAAGAGAAAAGAAUUAACUAUUGUUGCGGGAUGAAGAAAGUUCGUGCGCGCGCUUUUGCAAUAUAUUGCCAGUGAUACACGUCGUAUGUUACACGAAGGACAUUACUGGUAUCAUAUGAUCUGUUUGUGAAAUUGUCGAGAAUGAUUCUGUUUUAAUUUUAUAUCGAAAGAUGAAAUGUAAAUGUAAAUACUCCUUCAUCUUUUCUAUCCGCUCAUCUUUUACCAUUUAAGUACUUUUAUAUAAUUGUCUUUUCUCCCCUGAAUUUUUGUACAAACUGUUUUUACAUAUUUUUUUUAUGUACUAUGUAUAAGUUAGCUGUAUUGCUAUACUUCCAUAAGGCGUAUCGCAUAAAAUAAUCAUGUCUCCUUCAUCAUAUUAUUAUCACAUAAAUCUAUUUUAUAUAUCGUAUGCAGUUUGCUAUUGCAUCAAGGACUGUCGUGCAAAUGCGAUCCUUGAUGCAAUUCUGGAUUACAUACAACGGUGUAAAGGAGCUUUUCUCCAAUCGUUGAGCAUAUUAUGGAUCCAACGCAAUUUCAGUGCUUGCUUUAUCUGAUCUUCCAGAGAGAAGAUACUUUUUUACUUGUAUUUUUUACAACAAAUUACAUAUCUUUAAAACUGCCACGCAUAUCAUCAAAAUUAUAUGAAUUCUGCCAAGUAGUGAAAAUGAGAGUAUAGACAAAAAGGAUAUUUUCUGUAUAGAGAAAUAAAUAUUUUAAGAAAAUUAUACAAAACUGUACACAUACAUACAUCAUAUACAUACAUAUGUACAUAUAUACAUACAUCAUAUAUGCAUACACACGUAUACAUGUACACACACAUACAUGCAUACAUAUACUCAAUUCUCUUAUAGUAUUGUGUCACAAGUGAAAUAAUCAAUCGCACAAGAGUGCAACUAAAAGUACAAUCUUUAAAAGGAUAACGAAAUCCAGAUAGUAUUGAAUAAAGAUCUGCAAUUGAUUUGUUUGUUAAAAGAGAAAUUAGCAAUACGUAGAUAUUAUGUGUAAAUUGUUGAGCAAGCAAAUGCAAUUUUAUCAUGUGUUCAAAAUUUUACAGCAACUGCUCUCUGAUGCACCAUCAUUCUGUGUUAAACAAAGCGAUGUAACUCUAAGCAUUAUGCUAUAAUAAUUACAAUUAUUUACAAUAGGGUAGAUGACAGACCGAUUAUUACGCUAGAUUUUGUUAUUCCUUGUAACUUGUAAAAAGUACUGAGUUUUAUUAGUAUUAACUAUUCUGUAAGCAAGGAUUUGUUCUCGGUCCUAUUAUAUUCUACCCCGCAACCCGCUCUCCCAUAUUUUUAUAAAUAAGUUAUGUCUUUUAAACACAAAUGUAAUAAUAAAGAUAAUCUAACAUCCAUAA